AUGAUCUCUGUAGAGAGCCCAGUGUCCUCCCCCUUCUACAAGCCAAGCCCAGUGUCCUCCCCCUUCUACAAGCCAAGCCCACCAAGCCCAGUGCCCUCCCCCUUCUACAAGCCAAGCCCAGUGUCCUCCCCCUUCUACAAGCCAAGCCCAGUGUCCUCCCCCUUCUACAAGCCAAGCCCAGUGUCCUCCCCCUUCCUUCUACAAAUCAAGCCCAGUGUCCUCCCCCUUCCUUCUACAAGCCAAGCCCAGUGUCCUCCCCCUUCUACAAGCCAAGCCCAGUGUCAUCCCCCUUCUACAAGCCAAGCCCAGUGUCCUCCCCCUUCUACAAGCCAAGCCCAGUGUCAUCCCCCUUCUACAAGCCAAGCCCAGUGUCCUCCCCUUCCUUCUACAAGCCAAGCCCAGUGUCCUCCCCCUUCCUUCUACAAGCCAAGCCCAGUGUCCUCCCCCUUCUACAAGCCAAGCCCAGUGCCCUCCCCCUUCUACAAGCCAAGCCCAGUGUCCUCCCCCUUCUACAAGCCAAGCCCAGUGUCCUCCCCCUUCUACAAGCCAAGCCCAGUGUCCUCCCCCUUCUACAAGCCAAGCCCACCAAGCCCAGUGUCCUCCCCCUUCUACAAGCCAAGCCCAGUGUCCUCCCCCUUCUACAAGCCAAGCCCAGUGUCCUCCCCCUUCUACAAGCCAAGCCCAGUGCCCUCCCCCUUCUACAAGCCAAGCCCAGUGUCCUCCCCCUUCUACAAGCCAAGCCCAGUGUCCUCCCCCUUCUACAAGCCAAGCCCAGUGUCCUCCCCCUUCCUUCUACAAAUCAAGCCCACCAACCCCAGUGCCCUCCCCCUUCUACAAGCCAAGCCCAGUGUCCUACCCCUUCUACAAGCCAGCCAAGUGUCCUCCCCCUUCUAUAAGCCAAGCCCAGUGUCCUCCCCCUUCUACAAGCCAAGCCCAGUGCCCUCCCCCUUCUACAAGCCAAGCCCAGUGUCCUUCCCCUUCUACAAGCCAAGCCCAGUGCCCUCCCCCUUCUACAAGCCAAGCCCACCAAGCCCAGUGUCCUCCCCUUUCUACAAGCCAAGCCCAGUGUUCUCCCCCUUCUACAAGCCAAGCCCAGUGUCCUCCCCCUUCUACAAGCCAAGCCCAGUGUCCUCCCCCUUCUACAAGCCCAGUGUCCUCCCCCUUCUACAAGCCAAGCCCAGUGUCCUCCCCCUUCUACAAGCCAAGCCCAGUGUCCUCCCCCUUCUACAAGCCACGCCCACAGCAGGCAGAUCAGUCCUGUGUGGGCUCUAA